AAUGCCCCGAGUAGGCAGAGGCAUGGUUGGAAUUGUGCUCCCAUCUCAAUGCUGCGAUUAAGACACUCACUGCUUGCAUUAUCAGCUGUGCGGCUCUAACAUAAUUCUCAAGGGGCUAAUUCUUUGUGAUGGUGUAUAGGAGACAGCUGACCUAAAGCAAGAAUCAGAAUCACUAACGGAGCCGAAGAGUGAGACUCUAGACGCGGGUCAACCUGAGGAAAACCAAGAGGACAGUAAAGAAGAAGAGAAUCCAGUUAUGAACUUCUUCAAAACACUAGUGACUCCCAAAAUAACCAAGGAAACAGCUACUCCUGAUGCCCCAAAAGAUCAGUCCCAGAAGGAGAACCAACCAGCGGCAACCACUACUGUUGCACAAGUAUCUGAGCCGCCAGCAGCACUCAAAGGAAUGUCUAUCCCCCCACCACCUCCUCCAGAGCCACCGAAAAUGGAAAUUAAGGGAGAAACAGCUGCCAAACCUGUCAAACCCACACCCAAAGAAGAACCCAAAGCUGCUGCAAAGACACCCGAGUCCUCAAAAGGAAAAUCGGCCAGAUCCACUCUGAGCAAUCUCUUCCGUCCAAAGGUGCUGCUAGGUGUCAAGGUGUUCAAAUGCAAGGGCGCUUCAGCAAGUGGAGCCAAAGCCCCGGCCAAGACCGCAGCAGUGAAGGUGGAUCCCUCAAAAACUGGCACUCUGGAAGCUGCCGCAAAGCCAGAACCGCCACCGCCAGUUCAGGAGGAAAAGAAAAAAGCUUCAAAAUCAUCCUUCAUGUCUCUCUUCAAGCCCAAAGUACUGUUAGACCACAUGACCACAAAAGUCCAGGCAGCCUCCACAAGUGGAGUUCGGCUCCUCAGGAGAACAGCUGGAGUGGCUGUUGAUCCCAAAAGUGCGACCCCUGCCCCAGCUGCUGCAGCAGAGACGGUUAAAGCCAAGGAGGAACCCAAAGCAGCAGCCAAGUCAUCAGAGGCGGUUGUAGAAAACAAGCCUACAGUGGCCUCCCAAGCUGACGACGAUGCCGCCAAUGUGCCCAAGAAACUGGAGAAGAGGAACUCCAUCCAGCUGUUCUUUAAAAUUCUGGGUCAGAAACGUAACUCGACAGAUGCCGGGGUCCAGACAGAGUCCGCCCCUGUUGCUGCAGGAGCUGAGAAGGCCAAAUGAAACCAAAACCCACAGUGAAGUUUCCCUGUAAAAACUCCCUCUAUCUUCUUUGCUCUUACUCAAUCUUCAUAUCUCUCUCUCUCUGUCUCAUUUUCCCUUUCAACCCUUAUUGAAUUCCUUUAACUACAUGUUGUUGUUUGUGUUACUGUUUAGAAGUUACAAUGCGGGAGGAGAAGUGACUUUAAGGGUAAAAGCAAGUUGUGAGAACGUCAAACAGUGGACAGUUGAACAAGUGGUGAUUUGAAAGGGUCAAAGGCGAGGUUGUUGAGAUAUAUAAUAUUUUUGUUGGUCAUAUAAAUGUCUUGACAAGUAUAGAAAUGUGAGAGUGAAACCUUUUCUACAGACAUUUAAUGUGACUUCUCUCCGUUCUUGCGACCUAACUCGCUGGGCUGAAGCAAUAGACCACGCUUUGCUUUGAGCAAAUUAUUUAAAGAAAAAGGUUCUAUUUACAGAAACCAGACAGAAAUCAUACAGUUGUGGCAAAGUAGGUGUUAAUAUGAAAUUACAUUGAAAAAAAAGUACUUAAAUCUAUAUGACAUGAAAAUGACCAGCUGAUAACAGGAGCAUAUUUGUUUAACAAACUUCACUUACAGAUUUUUUUUAACUUUAUGCAAGCUACACGUAGACUAAAGCAUAUACUCACGUAUCCUAACAGUCAUGUAUUGGGCCAUAUGGGAAAAUCACAAUAUUUACUGUUCUGUGGGGAACUGAUUGUAAGUGUAACAGAUGCAUCUGAGGUGGCAAAACAAAAGGUGUAGUCAUAAAUCACAGUCGAUUAGCUUUUAAUUUGAUUACACUUUGUGUCGUGUAUUUUAACGGAAGUCUUAUGGUGUUAGUCAUUUGUGUUUGGCAUACGUGCAAUUAAUAUAAUGCUUUUGUUUGCCUACAUGUAUGUAUGCGUGUGUAUGUGUAACUUCAGCUAUCUUGAAGACAAUAAACAUGUUCACCAUUUGUUUGUUGUUCAUCAGUGAAGAGGAACGAGAAUAACUGGGUGUUGCGACAACUGCAGAAUAUGUGGAUCAGCAAGUUUGGCAAAAAUAAAAUCAUAUGCUACA